AUGUUCAAAAUUUAUAAAGCUAAAGUGGAAAACCAACUAGACUUAAAGAUAAAAGUUGUAAGGUUUGACAGAGGAGGAGAUUUCUAUGGGAGAUUCGAUGAGACUGUGAGGAAUCUUGGUCCUUUUGCAAGGCUUCUACAGCAAGAAGGAAUCAUUGCUCAAUACACUAAUCCAGAGACUCCACAACAAAGUGGAAUUCCAUAG